GCAUUUUCUACUUGGCUUUUAUUUUGAAGUACGAGACUUCCGGUAGGCAGUGUUGGAGUUUCGUUCUACACAGCUCAGACUUCAGUGUUUCUGUUAUGGACUGACAGAUACACGGCCUGUGGAAUUAACUUUUUCUCAAUCUUAGAGACACCGCCCCUGUCUGGACAGAUAGCGGCGGGGAUGCGGCAUCGACAUGGGAAAUCUUUUCGGGAAAAAGAAAGCAACUCGGGUGACCGAGCAGGACAGAGCUGUGCUGCAACUGAAGCAGCAGAGAGAUAAACUGAAGCAGUAUCAGAAGAAGAUAACUCUUCAGAUGGAGAAAGAGCGACAGCUGGCCAAACAGUUACUGAACGAUGGAAAGAAAGAGAAAGCACUCCUAAUCCUCAAAAAGAAACGCUACCAGGAUCAGUUACUGGACAAAACUGAAAAUCAGAUAAGCAACCUGGAGCGGAUGGUACAAGAUAUUGAGUUUGCACAAAUAGAGAUGAAAGUGUUUGAAGGAUUGAAAGUUGGCAAUGAUUGCCUGAAGAAAAUGCAUGAGAUGCUGUCCUUAGAGGAGGUGGAGAGGAUCAUGGAUGAAACACAGGAUUCCAUUGAGUAUCAAAGGCAAAUUGAUGAGAUGCUGGCAGGAUCUCUGACCCAGGAGGAUGAGGAUGCUGUGCUAGCAGAGCUGGAAGCCAUCACUCAGGGAGAAGCUGACCUUGAACUUCCUGAGGUGCCCGAUGAAGAACUACCAGAGGUUCCAGAGCAAGAGCCAGGGCGGGAGAAGGAGAGGGUGAAAAAGAAGCCAGAGCGAGAGAUGUUGGCACUGUAAAUACAGAUUUAUCAUACCUCCACGUCUGCUCUCGUGCCAUUCCAUUGGAGACCUCAAGGGCUCGUCCCAGGGAGUGGUUGACAGUCCUCCCUCUCAUAUAUGUUGCAGAUCUACAAUAAUGCCAUUUUUCUAAUUGUAUAUACACUGCAUACUGUAUGUCAUUUACCGUAUUUUUCGGACUAUAAGUCACACCUGAGUAUAAGUCGCACCAGUCCAAAAAAAAAA